UUGAACAGGUCUAGUGGCACGGAUGGAACUGAAAAUUUAAACAGUGGCUUAAAAGUAAGAUCAAUUCUCUACAUGCAUAUAACGAAUUUCCUCUUCCGCUUUAUUCCUUGUCGGAGUGGAAGGGAAAAGGGGUCGAAGCGGCGGAACAAAAACCCCAACCACACACAGAAGAGAGCGCGCAGCCGCAUCCCCUCCCCUCCCUCCGCUUCGCAACCAUGGCCGCCGCCGGCGUCGUCGCCGAGCCGAGAACCAAGUACGAUCGCCAGCUCAGGAUAUGGGGUGACCAAGGACAGGCUGCACUGGAGAAGGCUAGCAUAUGCUUGCUUAACUGCGGUCCUACUGGAACUGAAGCGCUGAAGAAUCUCGUGCUUGGAGGAAUAGGAAGUGUUACAGUUGUCGAUGACUCCAAAGUUGAAGCAUCUGAUCUCGGGAAUAAUUUUUUGUUGGAUGAAGGAUUCCUGGGUCAACCAAGAGCAAAAUCCAUAUGUUCUUUCCUACAAGAGCUGAAUGAUGCUGUUAAAGCCAAGUUUGUUGAGGAGUCUCCAGCAACUUUAAUAGACUCUAAUCCUUCAUUCUUUUCCCAGUUCACUGUUGUCAUUGCUACCCAGCUUCCGGAGAGUUCUUUACUGAAACUAGAUGGUAUCUGCAGGAAAGUAGAUAUUGUGUUGGUUGCUGCACGGUCAUAUGGUCUGACCGGUUUGGUCAGGGUCAGCAUAAAGGAACACACUGUCAUAGAGUCAAAACCGGACCACUUCUUGGAUGAUUUGCGUCUUCACAAUCCAUGGACUGAACUCAAGCAAUUUGCAAAAUCGAUUGACAUAAAUGAUAAAGAUCCUGUUGUGCACAAGCAUACUCCAUACAUUGUUAUCCUUGUGAGACUUGCAGAAAAAUGGGCAGAUGCACGUGAAGGUCGCUUGCCUUCAACUAGGCAAGAGAAAAAGGAAUUUAAGGACCUGAUUCGAGCCCAUAUGCUUAAUGUAGAUGAAGAAAAUUACAAAGAAGCUGUGGAAUCUUCAUAUAAAGUUUCUGUUACUCCAGGAAUCAGUAAUGAGAUCUGUCAGAUACUAGACGAUAACUCUGCAGAAGUCAAUUCGUCGUCUUCAGAUUUCUGGAUUUUAGUGGCUGCUUUGAAGGAAUUUAUUGCAAAUGAGGGCAAUGGUGAGCUACCUCUGGAGGGGACAAUUCCGGAUAUGACGUCACUUACCGAGUAUUAUGUAAGCCUACAAAAAAUUUACCAAGCUAAGUCUGAAUUUGACUGUUUUGCCAUGGAGUAUCAUGUAAAGGAUAUCUUGAAGCGGAUUGGUAGAGAUCCGGAUUCUAUUUCAAGGUCAUAUAUAAAAACUUUUUGUAAAAAUGCUCGAAAACUCAGGGUCUGUAGAUAUCGUAGUAUCAAGGAGGAAUUUAGCUCUCCCAUUCUCUCUGAGGUUCAAAGGUACUUCACCGAUGAAGACUACAGUUAUGCGAUGAACUUCUAUAUUCUACUACGUGCUGUUGAUCGAUUGGCUGCAAACUACAGCAGAUUACCUGGAAUCUUCGACAGUGAGAUUGAUGAGGAUAUCCCUAGGCUCAAGACAGUUGCCGCUUCAGUGCUACGUGACAUGGGUUUGAACGGAGCAUCCUUAUCCGAGGACUUGAUAACUGAAAUGUGCCGGUUUGGGGGCGCAGAGAUUCAUCCCGUGGCUGCCUUUAUUGGCGGAGUUGCUUCCCAAGAAGUAAUUAAGCUGGUCACCAAACAGUUUGUACCGUUGCGGGGAAUAUUUAUAUUCAACGGAAUUGACCUCAAAUCUCAAGUUUUGGAACUAUAACAUGGCUCUGGAGCGUUCUUCCUAUUGGCUGCACGGUGCAAUGCAAUCAGUCUGCUCAUGUACUUACUCAACAUCAGAUGUGAACUGUAUCUUUGUACCGAGUAGCGUAGUUCACAUAUUUACAUGAGUGGCAUUCUUGCCAAGUAGCUCCACAUGAUUUAUAAUUUCUUUGUGUCUGGCCAAUAGGCCAGUAUGAUUCCUAUUGCUCAGGUAGAGAAUCAUACCUUUGGCCCGAAGAAAAGUUAUAAUUGCUACUGUUUUACAUUUUGGGAAAUGGAAAAUGAGUAGGAGAAAAGUGGUUCAGAUUUAAUAAGAGAAAA